AUGGCUGAUUCAGAACAUGUAGUUUAUUCAAGAGUAGUUGGUUUCAUUUCGUUAGCUUGUUGGAUUUGUGUUACAAUUCCCCAACUUUAUGAAAACUAUAAACGAAAAUCUGGCAGUUCAGUAUCAUUAGCUUUAAUAUAUAUAUGGAUCAUGGGAGAAUUGCUUGAUUUGAUUGGCGCUAUUUUACAAAACUUACUACUAACGGUGAUUCUCGUCGCGCUCUACAACGCUUUGAUUGAUAUCUCUUUAUUAUUGCAAACCUACUAUUACCGCUCCCGCAAAACACCAGACGUUGCUGAAUCUGAUAAUAAAUCUGAAGAAUCUAAUAAUACCUCUGACGAAUCUACUGGUGAAUUUAUUAAACAUAAUGAUUCAAACGUAGAAUCACAAAAGCCAAUGCGUCAAUCAAGAUUUAAACAAUUUUUGAAAGUUUUUGCCGGAUUCUUUGUUAUAUGUUUGAUUGGGGGUCUUGCUUAUAUUAUUUCUUCUCAAACGAAGACAGAAUAUAAUCAAAGUGACGAACUAGAAUUGAAAUUAUUACCGCAAAUUUUCGGAUGGUCUA